GCCGGAGCAGCAGCCCUAUGGAAGCUUGGCGUGUGGCAUUUCUGCUUCAUUGGAACCCUGAUGUAUGCCUGCGGCGCAGCACACAUGGUCGGUACGUCUAUGACUCCAAUGGCGCUGCGCCGCACGCUGGGUUUGGCAUUGGCCAGGCAAACGCGACCGACCAUCACGCGAGGCCAACGGCUACGGGUCAUAUGGUGCCCUCAGGGCUCUAUAAAUGCCAGGCCGCCUUACCAGCAUCUGAGCACAGCAGGGAACGGCACACUCACCAGGCCGUACAGCCAGAAACAGCCUACCAUGAGCUCUCAGGACCCAGCUGCGGCGGCCCAGCCAGACAUCGUCGAGGAACAGCAGCAGCAGCAGCAGCAAGACGUUGAAGAAGGAGAGGACCCAGACUCGCAACCACCCGUGGUCGAGAAGUGGAGGGAGGCAGUCGACGCCGUCCUCGCAGCCACCCGGGCGGCCUUCCCCUCCAGCCCGGCCUACGACGCCGCCUCCCCGGGGGCGUUCCAGUCCUACUGGCGCGGCGUGUUCGAGCGGCUCCACGGGCAGGUCACGGCCGACGGCCGCAUCCCGGAGCACCUCACCUCGCCGCCGUGCAGGGAAUUCGCGGUCAACAUCUUCGCGCGCGGCGCCGGCGACGAGGGCCACCCGUGCCCGUGCUGCCUGCCCUGGGUGGAGCCGAGCGUGAGGCUGGAGAACGGGGCCGGCGUCACCAAGGGGGAUCUCGUCAGGGGCCUGGGGCGGUUCCUGUACGGCGGGGAGGGCCUGCCUCGUGUGUAUAUCGAGGACGUGGAGGGGGGUGACGUUGUUCCCGAGGAGGAGGAGCGUGAGAAGAGGACCGGUGUGCUGGUGCACGGGGCCGACUGGAUGAGUGAGGGUGGGGAUGGCGGUGAGAACGGGGAGAGGUACGUUUAUACUGGAGGGUGGAUCGGCCGCCCUGCUAUGAUAUGGAUGUAUUGUUGUCACCCGGGAGAGUUUGCGGAGAAGGCGGCUGCGACAUUGCUGCGGGAUAGGGCUGAUGAGGAGGAUAAGUCGGGGACGACUAUGGCGAAGCUGUAGGUUUCUGGGCUACCGGUACCUUUGUAUAAAGUACGAAAUCACCGCUCUCCCCUGAAAAUGAAUCUAAACUGAACUA